UUACCUCUUACUCAUUCUAGACUUUGCUUCAAGUUGCGCGAAGGGUCGAGUCGUACACACUUACGCUACCAGAACUGGCCAGUAUUUAAUUUUUGAAGAUUCCGGCAUUCCUUUAAGAAACAAACAACGCGAAAACAACACGUGCGACGUGACUUGCUGCUCUCUUGACCACCAUGUCGAUCAAUGCUCGAAAGAUCUCUUUCAAGUUGCCUCCGACAACAAUUACAGAUAAGUUGCACUCCCAGCAGGCUCGGAGGUCUAAAGCUUUGGAGGAGCAGAAACGACGCCGCGCUGAAAGGAUAGAUGCAUCAAGACAACUCGAUAGCUUCGCUGAUCUCAGUCUCGGCUUGGACGACGAGGACGAGGAUGACCACACAGAAGUUGUUCGUGAAGGGGUAGGAGCUUUUGCGGCAAUGCUUGAGUCAGAGCCUCAACCAAUUACUACUGCUCCGAGUGUAGCGUCGUCCCCGCAAUCAGAGCAAACGAAGAAGAAAAAUAAACGAAAACGAAAAGCAAGAACGAAACAACAGGAUCAGCAACAGAAACAAUCGAAAAAGCAUGACGAACCAAACGAGUGGGCAGACAAGUGUAUGUAUGCGGAGCUGUUAGAGAUGAACUCGGAAGAUCCUUGGACAGCUACUGAUGGCCUACCUGAUGACCUUGAGACUGGAUGGGUGGCCGUCGCGCCUGUUCCUGUUGGCAAGCGAUGUCUCGCCAUAUCACUCAAUAGUAAUGGCACAGCUCCAAAUACAAUACUUCGUUCCAGAGUCCUGGGAAAGCCACUUAUGGCGCGUUUCCCGUCGCCAUUGCCACCGAAUACUGUUCUGGACUGCAUCCUGGACCGCAGUUGGCGAGAGAAUGGCAUCUUGCAUGUCCUUGACGUCAUUAAGUGGAAGGGGCAAGACAUCGGAGACUGCGAGACACCUUUCAGAUUUUGGUGGAGAGAUACCCGCCUCGCUGAACUCCCCGUCUCACACCCUCCUGCGGCAUCGAGAUACCAAUCAGGUUCUGUUCCAUCUGAAUAUCGUUUCAGCUAUCCGACGACAUUACUUCCGAUACCGUAUCAUCAAAACACGUCGCUCGCUAAUUUGAGUGCUGUCGUUCUUCCUCUUGCUAGAUCUUCGCGAUCAGUCACUGUUGACAUACCGGUACUCGCACCCGCUGAUAUUUCAAUGGAUAUCGAUGGAGCUGUCGAAGGACCAUCGAUAGUUCGUCUUCCUAUAGACAUUUAUCCUGACGGGAUGCUGCUUUACGUGUCAGAAGCUAGUUACGAGUCGGGCACUAGUCCGCUGAGUAGUUGGGUGCCUAUUAAAUCUUUUAAUCCCGGCUCGGAGCUGCCAUUAUUCAAUGCAGAAGCUCCCCUCGACAAAUUCCAGAGGUUGGUGUACCAACGCAUGGAGCGCAAAACCGUUACAACGUCCAUAGAAGUGGAGAUGUCAUGAUCGCUGUCGUUCACAAUUUUUUCACGCAUCGUAGUUUGUGCCCCGCUGAUCUUUUACUCACGAAUAAAAGCAAUAUCAUGAUUCAAUAUUCAACUCGCAUAAUUACCAUACACUACUUGUAUGAGUAUUCAGUAUGUUAGAAUGACGUGGUUGAAUGCAGUGAGGUGAGCAGUAGAAACAGUCCUUUAGAUCUGUGGCUAUUGUGAUUUGAAUGCAGUUGCACUCCAGCUGUUAGGCUGUUAGUCACUAGGUAGACAAACUCACAAAGAGCUUCCCCUGCC